AUGGAUCCCAAUGUUAAAAUUUCAGCCACUGACGGUACUCCUAUUUCUGAUCCAUCACUUUAUCGACGACUCGUUGGCAGACUCAUGUACUUGACUAUAUCGCACCGUGAUAUUAGCUUUGUUGUUCAUAAACUCAACCAAUAUAUGCAACAGACACGACGACCUCAUCUCCUUUCUAUUCACCAUCUUUUGCAAUACCUUAAAUAUGCACCAGGCCAACGUCUCUUGUUUCCUUCAACUAAUUCUCUUGCACUUUCAGCUUAUGCUGAUGCUAAUUGGGGCAGCUGUGUGGAUACUAGAAGAUCAACUACUGAUUUUUGCCUCUUCCUUGGUGACGCUUUAGUUUCUUGGAAGGCAAAACAACAACCUACAAUCUCUAAAUCUUCUGCUGAAGCUGAGUAUAGGGAACUGUCCUCAGCUGCUAGUGAAGUUGUUUGGUUGCGACGUUUACUUGUUCAAUUUUAA